AGGAUCACUGGAUCUCAGGUGGUUCGAUGAGCAGAUAAGUUUUGAACAAAUCUAUUGCACUCUGGUUUUGCUGCAAACUACUACUGAAUAAACUGGGGGACGCGGGGGCGCGCUCAAGGGGGACGGAGCGCGCAGCCCCGGGAUCAAGUUACAGUCCCAGAUUUUUCAAGGCAACAUUUCUUCCUCCAUCACAAAAGUGGGGGAUGGUGAACACUAUUUCUUUUCUUCAAACUUUUUUAAAGUAACGAAAAAGGGAGCUGGGGUAAACUUUGUGCUGGAAUUUAAAACGCAACUUUUGUUUACAACUUUUACGCAGCGCAUUUGUACGAUGAAGAGAUUUUCAACAGUAUGUGAGAGAGAAAGGAGGCAUAAAAAACUUUGGAAUCGGAAGAAAAUACAUUUCUUUUAAAGAGGAAAAAUGUCGAAUCGGGAAUCUAGGAAAUAUCCACACUUUGACUUGGUUUGAAACCUUCAAGCGCAUCGCGAACAAGUGGAGAUCGACAGUUUAUUUGGAAACUUUUGAUGAAACAUCGCGACAUUGUUGGGUCUCCAAGAUGUCCUCCAAGCGACUCUGCUCCAUUGUUGGAGGCUUUUGGAUGCUUUGUAUCUGGGCAACAACCUCUAUAAUCACUCAGGCGGUUAUCUUGCACCCAAAUGAAACGGUAUUCAGCGACUUUUGUAAAAAACCGACAACUUGUGAAGUACUAAAAUACAAUACGUGCCUUGGUUCACCUUUGCCGUACACGCACACGUCUCUCAUUCUGGCUGAAGACUCAGAAACUCAAGAGGAAGCCUUGGAGAAAUUGGCCAUGUGGUCUGGGUUGAGAAAUGCUCCCCGCUGUUGGGCCGUCAUUCAGCCGUUGUUGUGUGCUGUUUACAUGCCAAAAUGCGAGAAUGGAAAGGUCGAACUGCCCAGCCAGCACCUGUGCCAAGCUACACGCAAACCUUGCAGUAUUGUGGAGCGGGAAAGGGGCUGGCCCAACUUCCUCAAGUGUGAAAACAAGGAGCAGUUCCCUAAGGGUUGCCAGAAUGAGGUCCAGAAGAUCAAAUUCAACACUUCAGGACAGUGUGAGGCUCCCUUGGUCAAAACCGACAUCCAGGCAAGUUGGUACAAGGACGUGGAAGGUUGUGGGAUCCAGUGCAACAAUCCCCUGUUCACGGAUGAGGAGCACUCAAACAUGCAUAACUACAUUGCCAUCUUCGGCUCCAUCACUCUCUUAUGUACCUUCUUUACGCUGGCCACGUUUCUCGCCGACUGGAAGAAUUCCAACCGUUACCCCGCUGUGAUCCUCUUUUACAUCAACGCAUGUUUCUUUAUCGGGAGUAUUGGAUGGCUUGCUCAGUUCAUGGAUGGAGCCCGCAAGGAGAUUGUGUGCAAAAGCGACGACACUAUGCGGCUUGGAGAGCCAUCAUCCACCGAGACGCUGUCAUGCGUGAUUAUCUUCGUCAUGGUAUAUUAUUCUCUAAUGUCUGGGGUCAUUUGGUUUGUUAUGCUCACUUAUGCCUGGCACUCAUCGUUUAAAGCCCUGGGCACCACCCAUCAGCCUCUGUCUGGAAAAACAUCCUAUUUUCAUCUGGUCACAUGGUCUAUUCCUUUCAUACUGACAGUUGCUAUACUGGCCAUUGCAGAGGUGGAUGGAGAUUCGGUUAGCGGCAUUUGCUUUGUUGGCUAUAAGAACUACAGAUACCGUGCAGGGUUUGUUCUGGCUCCUAUCGGGGUGGUCCUUGUCGUUGGCGGUUAUUUCCUGAUACGAGGAGUUAUGACAUUGUUUUCCAUUAAAAGUAACCAUCCGGGGCUGCUCAGUGAAAAAGCUGCUAGUAAAAUCAAUGAAACCAUGCUGAGGCUUGGUAUAUUUGGAUUCUUAGCCUUUGGUUUUGUUUUCAUCACUUUCGGCUGCCAUUUCUAUGACUUUUUCAACCAAGCUGAGUGGGAAAAAAGCUUCAGGGAAUAUGUACUAUGUGAGGCUAAUGUCACCAUAGCUCACCAGACCAACAAGCCGAUCCCAGAAUGUGCCAUCAAGAACAGGCCUAGUCUUCUGGUGGAGAAGAUCAACCUCUUCUCCAUGUUCGGUACAGGCAUUGCAAUGAGCACAUGGGUCUGGACAAAGGCCACCAUCCUUAUCUGGAAACGCACCUGGUUCAGAAUCAUUGGAAGAAGUGACGAUGAGCCGAAACGGAUUAAGAAGAGUAAAAUGAUUGCCAAGGCAUUCUCAAAGCGAAAAGAACUGCAGAAGGAUCCAGAGAAAGAGCUGUCCUUCAGCAUGCACACUGUUUCUCAUGAAGGACCUGUAGCGGGUAUCAACUUUGACCUGAAUGAGCCGUCAAUGGAAAUGUCUUCUGCGUGGGCCCAACAUGUGACCAAGAUGGUAGCUAGAAGAGGGGCAAUUUUACCACAGGAUAUCUCAGUGACGCCCACCGGAACACCUGUUCCACCUCCAGAGGAAAGGAACAAACUUUGGAUGGUUGAAGCAGAAAUUUCUCCUGAAAUGAUGAAAAGAAAGAAGAAGAAAAAGAGAAGGAAGGAAUUACGGCCAACGGGUCCUGCAGCGGACGAAGGGAAGACUGCCUACAGCCGGAGGGAGUUUGGCCCCAGCUCAGUCCCCCGUCUCCCAAAACUUCCAGGCCGCCAGAGUCUGGUGGCUAACCAGUGGGAGCAGCAGCGACAGCGGCAGGAGGAACAGGAUAUGCUACCUGGAGCCUUCCCUGAAUUCAGGCCUUCGUGUCCUCUUCCUUACCAGGAGAGAUAUGGUGGUUUGGGAUAUUUACACAAUAAACCCUCCAGCCUCCCCCUUGCUAAUCCCCUGACGCUAAGAGAUAGCAUGCAAGAUGAUUCAGAUGGCUUCCAGCAAUCAUCAUGGCACCCUAAUUGGGUUUUCCGGCACCUUGGGCAGGAGGCUUCCGUGAUGGAUGCUGGCAGGACUGCGGUUGUGCCACGGGCCGAUGGCAGGAGGGGUAUACCAAUACACUCCAGAACAAAUCUUAUGGAGGCCGAGCUAUUGGAUGCUGACUCAGAUUUUUAAAUCUUUGGAGUUGUUGGUGCUCAUUCUGCGCAGUGAAAAGUGCUGGAUACUCAUGCCAAACAAUGAAGCAGAAGUGGGUUCCGGCCGCUGUGCCAGCACUGCUUGUCUAAAGAAUAAUACUUUUUUUAUGCACCUCUCAUGAUAAUGAGACUUAUGAACUGGAUAUAUGAAACAUUAAAUAGUCAUAAAGACAUUUGUGCCUUGAACUUGGAUUUUAAAUCAUCCCACAUGUGACUGUGGAGACAAUGCAUAUUGUUCAGUUUGCUAGCAGGGCUAAAAUGACAUCAUUUAGAUUCCUUUCUUUGUUUGGAACAGGUUCUUGUGUUAAGGGGCUUUAUUUAAGAAUGCCACAUAAUUCGGAUCUUAGCUUAAAGGGGAAUUGUGUGAUUUCUGCAGCACUGGAGUUACCAAACGAAAUCUACCCAUCUGUCAUUGGUCAGUAAAAUAGAUAGCCCCACCCACAACACAUGCCAUUGACUGAGCCAUGUUGCUGUGUUGGCAUAAUCAAAAAUAACCAUUUUUAAAGGGUUAUUCCCCCCCAAAAUGAAAAUUUUGUCAUUAAUCGCUUACCCCCAUGUUGUUCCAAACCCAGAAAAGCUCCAUUCGUCUUCGGAACACAAUUUAAGAUAUUUUGGAAGAAAAGGGGCUUGAGACUGUCCCAUAGACUGCCAAGUAAAUAACAGUUUAAAGGUCCAUAAAAAGUACAACAGUCUGCAUAUGCUCUUCUGUGUCAUCUGAGCCACAACGGUGCACUGUUUUAUUUCAAAUCGAAGCUAAAUACAUAGAAACAGUGCAUCCUUGUGGCGCGGAGGAUACAGAAGAGCAUACACAGCACGGUGAUGGAGUGACACAGAGGAGACCGUGGACAAAGUAAUUAUUGAAUAAAGUCGUUAUUUUUGCUUUCUUCGCUUACAAAAAGUGUUCCCAUCACUUCAUAUAAUCCAGAUUGCAUGUCUGAUGGCAGAUGGAGUAUUCUGAUGAUAACUUUUCAUACCUUUUAUGGACCUUGACACUGUUAUUUACUUGGCAGUCUUAUGGGACAGUCUCAAGCCUCCAGGUUUUCAUCCAAAAUAUCUAAAAUUGUGUGCCGAAGACGAAUGGAGCUUUUCUGGGUUUGGAACAACAUGGGGGUAAGCGAUUAAUGACAAAAUUUUCAUUUUAGGGUGGAGUAUCCCUAAAAGAUCUCUUGAUCUGUGAUCACCAAUGAUCACCAAUGAAGGGUACCAAGUUUUGUCAGUCCAAUUUUGGUAUGAAUAUUGACUGUUUUCAGUUUUCCCCAUCUGCUAUUUGGACAGGGUAAGGGUCAAACAGACAUGCCAUUGAUUGAGCCAAUUAUGCUGUGUUGGCGUUCAAACAAGCAUAGUGUACGAAUCAGUGUGUGAAUGGCUUAUUUAAAGUUGUCCCGACAUAUUAAACUGGGAUAGGUAAAAGUAUGUUUAACAUGGAGUUACAUUUGCUUGUGGUGGGCCAAUAGUCUAUAGUAUUUCCAUUAGUAUUGAAAGGAAUUGACAAAAGUCCUAUUUCUUCAGAAAAAUAGAAUUUAUUGAGCUAUUAUUGUUACUUUUUUGUUUGGAAAAUUGCCUGGUGCAAUCACAAACGAGUCCACUUCUGUCAUUCAAAGAGUGAGAGAAAAUUAAGGGCAUUGUUUUUGUUUGUUUAAAAAUUGUAGCUCAAAAUGCCAGUGGUUAUGUUGACAGUUAUCUCUGUACAGUGCUAUUACAAAAACUAUUUUUGUACUUAAUUUUUUUUUCUCAUCUAUUUUAUUUUAUAUUAUUUUAAACUGUACAUACUUUAGAUCACAUUUUUGUUUCUUACACCCAUUGGAGUGAUUUUUACUUCAUACACAUUUGGAUUUGCUUGAAAGUUUAUUUACACUUUUUAUUAUUUUUCUUUUUUUUUUUAACUUGGACCAUUGUUAGUAUAUGUGGCAAUAUGAACAAAAAAGCAGCUGUGCCGCAUUUUUCUGACAAUUUGAAACUGUCCUUCAAGAAUGUAUUUUCAGAAAAAAAAAAGUGUUUAAUGAAGAUGCUUGCGAUCUGUGACUGCGAUGGUAUAUGUAUGUUUUUUCCAUCACCGUUGCUGGUAUUCCCUCACAAGAGCUGGUCUGUCCUUAUCAAUACUAUUUUAUGCCAGUAUUUUCAUGUGUGUUAGUGAUCUUUGCUGUUUUCCUGCCGGAGUCUCAUUCCAUUGUAUAGCCUAUUUAUUUUUUAAUAUUGACAUGCCAUUAAUAAAUAAAAUCUACUGAAACUUAGAA